AUGGCUGAGGUCGCCGACGAGGACCUGCCCACGAGAUGGGAGAUCGAGCUGGAGUAUCUCACGUAUUUGGCCCAGACAGGGUUCCUGGAGGACGACAAGUUCCUCAACUAUCUUGAGUACCUGGAGUACUGGCGACGGCCCGAGUACGCGAAACAGUUGGUGUACCCAAACUGUCUGCAUGUGCUCAGCAUGCUAAAAAGCCCGCAGUUCCGCAAGGACAUCGCCAAGGCAGAGCUGAGCUCUGUGCUGUACAACGACAUGGUCGAGCGGUGGAAGGAACCGCUGCGAGAACCUCUCAAAAAUGCUAAGGAGCAGGAGUCCGGUGCAAACGAGGAGCAGACACAGUCCUCGCCCGAGAUCAAGAUCGAAGACACUCACGACAUAGACCAGAUCUCACCCGUACACGGGCCAAAAUAA